AAUUAUUGCUGAUCUGCUCUUCCUCCUCCUCUGCCCCGCCUUCUACCUCUCCCUCAACUACCGCCACGCUGUGCUCGUUCUCGCACAUGUGUCUGCCUCUUUCUCUUCCCUCUCACCCAUGUGCCUGUGCCUUUUCUUCCUUUGUUCUCCCUUCCCUCCAGUCGCCAUGGGCAUCGUUGGUCUCUUAGACGAUUUCCUCCUCCUCCUCUGCCUCGCCUUCUAUCUUUCCCUCAUCUACCGCCAUGCUGUGCUCGCAGCAGCCUCUGUCCUCCCCGCCGGCCCCACCAGCUCCAUCCCCUUUACAAGGCUCUUCGGUACACGUGAUAAUGCAGGGGCAGUGCGUGGAGGGGAGGGGGGAGCGGCAGGUGGGGGAGGGGGCAGGUGGAGGGGUGGGGGAGGGGAGAGGGUGUUUGGAGAUGCGAGGGUCUAUGGGGACGACACCAGGGGGGUGAGAUGGGGAAUAAAUCUCUGA